AGAUUGAAAACUCUUAAGAACAGUUCGCCAUCAGCAGUCUCCCAAUGGCUGAAAACAACUUUCCUCCUCUGCCGGGCUUCAUUCCUCUCAAGCCGUGUUUCCACCAGGACUUUGAGGAGAUUCCUGAUCAGCACCGCACAUUGUGCAAGAGAUUCUACUACCUGUGGAUCUUGUACGGCGUGACCCUGCUGGUGAAUUUCUUCGGCUGUAUGGCGUGGAUGUUCGGUGGCGGUGGAGUCACGAACUUCGGCAUGUCAAUGAUCUGGGUGAUUCUCUUCACACCCUGCUCUUAUGUGUGCUGGUUCCGGCCCAUUUACAAUGCCUUCAAGACUGACAGCUCUUUCUACUUCAUGGCGUUCUUCUUUGUCUUCAUGGCACAACUUUUCAUCGCUAUAAUUCAGGCCAUUGGUAUUCCAGGAUGGGGUGUUUGCGGCUGGUUGGGAACCAUCUCCUUCUUCGGCACCUCUAUCUUUGCCUCCAUCAUCAUGUUGAUCCCCACACUCAUGUUCACCGCCGUCGCUGUCAUCUCCUUCCUCGCGCUUACGAAGGUUCAUAACUUCUACCGGGGCAGUGGCGCCAGCAUGAGUAAAGCGCAGGAGGAGUGGGUGUCUGGAGCCUGGAAAAACCCUCACGUUCAGCAGGCGGCGCAGCAGGCGGCUCUGGGUGCAGCAACUGGAGCCAUGCAGAACCCGCAGUCACCACAGUACUCCACCCCUACAUACGACAACACCAUGUAGACCUCCAUCUUCAGCGCAGUACUCCACCCCUACAUACGACAACACCAUGUAG